AUCAACAAUCCCCUUCUCCUAAGCUCUUGUUUCGAUCCUUGUUCUAUAUCGUUUCUAUUCAAACACCCAAUUUGUUUUCUGAGAAAUUGGGAUUGUUUGGAAUAGAUUUUUGUUUUCUGUGUUGUGUUCUUGAGGAUUUGUAAUGGCGACAGGGCAAGUUUUACCGUUUUCGAUCGCUUCUGUGGUUGAAGAUCUUCUUCAACAGCAUGGAGUUCAUCUGCGUGAUAUCGAGUUGGCUUCGAAGAAGGCUGAAGAAGACUCCUUGAGAAGGUAUGAAGCGGCUGGGUGGCUAAGGAAAACUGUUGGAGUCGUUGGUGGUAAAGACUUGCCAGCUGAGCCUUCUGAAGAGGAAUUUAGGCUUGGAUUAAGAAGCGGAAUUAUUCUUUGCAAUGUUCUCAAUAAGGUUCAACCUGGAGCAGUGUCAAAGAUUGUUGAAGGCCCAUGUGAUUCUGUAAUUAUUCCUGAUGGGGCAGCCUUAUCUGCUUACCAAUACUUAGAAAAUGUGAGAAAUUUUCUGGUGGCCAUAGAAGAACUGGGGUUGCCAACUUUUGAAGCCUCUGAUCUAGAGCAGGGAGGAAAAUCUACAAGGGUUGUGAACUCUGUUCUGGCACUCAAGUCAUACAGCACCUGGAAAAAAGGAGGCGGAAAUGGGGUGUGGAGAUUUGGCGGGACGGAUAAAUCACCAACAUCGAGUAUAGAUAUGGUGCCAAAAAAUUCAGAACCAGCCACGAAUUCUUUAACGAGAACCUCAUCAACUUGUGAUAGUUUUUGUCUUGAAUUGUCUUCAAGUGAUGAUCCUAGCAAUGAAACAGGAUCCUCCCGUCCUUUACAGUUGCUACUUUCUCAACUUCUUUCUGAUAAACAGCUUGACGAAAUCCCCAGUAUUGUGGAAUGUAUGAUUUGUAAAGUCAUGGGAGAGUUUGAGCAUCGAUUAACAACUCAUAACAAUAAGAUGAAAACAAGUCAAGAAGAUAUGGCAGAGUCUAUAUCUGAUAAGUAUCCUCCACAAAUCACUUCUGCUGAUGGAACGAUGGAAGAGGAAACGACUAGUUCUCCUGAAGAAAUAAGCAGUCCAGAAGCAACAAGUUGUACUGAAGAAAUAAGCAGUCUAGAGGCAACAAGUUGUCCUGAAGUAGAGAGUUGUCGUGAAACGGAAAGGUGUUCAGAAGCAGAAAGUUGUCUUGAAACAAAAUCCGAAAACCAGGAAUCUAAUGAUCAUCGUGAUGAGGAAUUAGAACGCAAAAUUUUGAGAAGACAGAUGCUGCUUGAACAGCAACAGAGAAACAUAGAGAUGUUGAAGAGUGUUCUUGGUGAAACCAAAGCAGGAAUGCAGAUUUUGCAAAUGAAGUACCAAGAGGAGUUCAAUAAUAUUGGUAAGCGCAUGCAUAGUGUGGCUUAUGCAGCUUCAGAAUACCGAAGGGUUGUUGAAGAAAAUCGGAAACUAUAUAACCAAGUUCAGGACCUGAAAGGAAAUAUCAGAGUAUAUUGUAGAGUUCGACCAUUCCUUGGUGGACACUCAAACCGACCCUCUAUUGUGGAUCGCAUUGAUCAAGGGAAUAUGAGCAUUAUGACACCAUCGAAAAACGGCAAGGAGGGAAGGAAAUCAUUCAGUUUUAACAAAGUAUUUGGGCCUUCUGCAACCCAAGGGGAAGUAUUUUCAGAUACUCGACCUCUGAUUCGAUCCGUGCUCGACGGUUAUAAUGUCUGCAUAUUUGCUUAUGGUCAAACUGGAUCAGGGAAAACUCACACCAUGUCAGGACCAACAGAGCUCACUGAGGACACUGUAGGUGUAAACUACAGGGCCUUGAGUGAUUUGUUUGUUCUUUCACAACAAAGGAGACAGACCAUUUCCUAUGACAUAUCUGUUCAGAUGCUUGAGAUUUAUAAUGACCAAAUUAGAGAUCUUCUUGUCACGGAUUCCAGUAACAGAAGAUAUCCUUUUCUUUUUCCCUUCUGUAUUUCUUUAUAUUCUUUCAUAUAAUGAAGCUCUGGCUAUAAUGAUUGUCCUUAACUGGUAAUUACAUUGGAAGUUCGUAACAGUUCUCAAAAUGGGAUUAAUGUACCGGAUGCAUGCCUUGUACCUGUGUCAUCAACAGAAGAUGUUAUAAAUCUGAUGAAUCUCGGCCAAAAUAAUCGUGCCGUGAGCUCUACCGCCAUGAAUGAUCGGAGCAGUCGCUCUCAUAGCUGCUUAACUGUUCAUGUUCAAGGAAGAGAUUUGGCAACCGGUGCGACCCUUCGUGGGUGCAUGCAUCUUGUUGACUUGGCAGGAAGUGAAAGGGUUGAUAAGUCUGAGGUAAUAGGAGAUAGAUUGAAAGAGGCACAACAUAUCAACAAAUCUCUUUCUGCAUUAGGAGAUGUUAUUGCCUCUCUUGCUCAAAAGACUGCACAUGUCCCUUAUAGGAACAGUAAACUCACACAAUUGCUUCAAGAUUCACUUGGAGGUCAAGCAAAGACACUCAUGUUUAUUCAUAUAAGUCCAGAGCCUGAAGCUCUUGGAGAAACAUUGAGUACUUUAAAGUUCGCCGAAAGGGUUGCAACCGUUGAGCUCGGUGCUGCUCGGGUUAACAAAGAUAGCACCGAGUCUAAAGAGCUCAAGGAACAGAUAGCUAGCCGAAAGGUGGCCUUAGUGAAGAAGGACAGUGAAACGGAGCAAAAUUGUCGACCAAGCAGUCCAGAAAAAAGUAGGAUGAAAACUUUCUUGUCAUCCCCUUCACUUCCUAGCUGGAAAAGUGUUGUGGAGAUGUCUGUUAAUAGAACAAAUUCAUCGGAAGAUGUUCGUAAUCCUCCUGAGGUUCAAAACAAAUCGAACUUGAACGUCAAAAGAAGAAGCUUAGAUCCCCGAGACAUAUUGCCGAGUUCUCCAUGGCCACCUUUGGGCGCAACUCCUGUUAAUAGGAGGGAAGAAGAGAAAGAAUCUGUUUCAAGUGAUGGGGAGGACAAAGUUAUGGUAAACAAGAAUGAGAACAUUAGUAGUGAUGAAACUCUUACAGGAUGCUGGGAUGUAAACACGAAGUUGCCUGAGACAUUUGGUCAGAAAUUUGUUGUGAAUCCAUCGAAGGUGUACCCUGAAACCCUGCUCAACAAUCCUUCAGUGAACAAGAAGGAAACCCAAGAACCUGAUGUGCAGAGGAACCAGGUUGAGAUGGUCAGCACUGAUGAUUCUGAUGAUCAUGAUGCUGCAAAUAGUGAAACAUCAGAGCCAGAAGUUAUUUGGCAGUCAAGCCUUCCACUUCCAAGACCUUCAAGCAUUCCAAAUGGUUUGGGAUCAAAGACAAAGAAAACAGCUAUUCCUAAGCAAGCAAGGAGCCCAGAAAUGAGGAGCUUCAUUCCAUCAUUGAUCCCUUCGCCAUCACGAAAACCGCAAGCUGGAGUCGCCCAGCCCGUGCCCAAGACAAGCAAACCAGCGGCCGUGUCAGUUGAGGGGGGGAAGAGGAGGGGUGGCUAUACAAAAUGAGAGUAUUGGGGGAUGGAGAUUGUUGUUGAAUUGAUUCUUCCUUAUUUUUGCUUUCCCUCUCUUUGUAUUUAUUGUAUAUAGAAAGAGCGAGAGAAAGAGAAAAAGAGAAAGAGAAAGAGAUAUAUUGUCCGUUGAAUAGGCAAUAGCUCAAGUUGCCUAAGUU